GGGAAGUUUGUGAAAUGUAACAUUGUAACUCGGCCUAUCAAUUCCCUGCCAAAGGGCUACGCCCUCUCCCUCCAUCACUUCCGGGUCUAGUCGGACGGGGUUGUGAAAAAAAAUGGUUGUCACGAUAUUUAGCUUGCCAAUCUACAAAUGACAGAUACAUAUACAAUUAUACAGAGUACACUAUCCAUGUCAGGGUCCAAGAAGGAUUUUCGCAGUAUUGUGCAACUUUUUGUCAUAGACAGGAAUAUUUUAUCUUGUCUGCAAACCCACCGUGAAUUGACUGCUGAGUGACUUAACCAGGUGGUGUUGGCACCUUUGUGUGCCAUCUCAUUCCAAGUCCCAGAGGAACCUUACAGUAGAAGAUGAACGGCCUGUCCAUUAGAGAGCUCUGCUGCCUGUUCUGCUGCCCUCCUUGCCCCAGCCGCAUCGCAGCCAAGCUGGCCUUCCUCCCUCCAGAGCCCACCUACUCCAUGCUGCCUGACCCGGAGGCUACAGCUGCGGCAGCAGCCGGGACAACGCCAGGGGGUGCUCCCCCCUCUCUAGGGGCUCCAGGCCUGCGAUCCCGGCUGGGUGGUGGUGCGGGAGACAGAGGUGGUGGUGGUGGUGGUGGUGGUGGUGGUGGAGGGGGAGGAGGAGGUGGCGGAGAGGGUAGGUGGAAGCUCCAUCUGACAGAGAGGGCAGAGUUCCAGUACACUCAGAGAGAGCUGGACAUGACAGAUGUGUUCCUGACCAGGUCCAGCCGGGGGAACAGGGUGGGCUGCAUGUACAUCCGAUGUGCCCCCAACGCCAGAUUCACAGUGCUAUUCUCCCAUGGUAAUGCAGUAGAUUUGGGUCAGAUGAGUAGCUUCUACAUUGGCCUGGGCACUCGUAUCAACUGCAACAUCUUCUCCUACGACUACUCUGGAUACGGUGUCAGCACCGGCAAACCCUCAGAGAAGAACCUCUACGCUGACAUAGAUGCUGCCUGGCACGCCCUGCGCUCGCGGUAUGGCAUCAGCCCAGAGAACAUCAUCCUGUAUGGGCAGAGUAUUGGCACAGUACCAACAGUGGACCUGGCAUCCAGGUUUGAGUGUGCUGCUGUGGUGCUCCACUCCCCUCUCACCUCUGGCAUGAGGGUGGCUUUCCCCGACACCAAGAAGACGUACUGCUUCGACGCCUUUCCCAACAUAGAGAAGGUGUCUAAGAUCCCAUCUCCGGUGCUGAUCAUCCACGGGACGGAGGACGAGGUGAUAGACUUCUCCCAUGGCCUGGCUCUGUUUGAGCGCUGUCCCAAGGCCGUGGAGCCACUCUGGGUGGAGGGGGCGGGACACAACGACAUAGAGCUGUACAGCCAGUACCUGGAGAGACUACGGCGCUUCAUCAACCAAGACCUGGCUGCAGCACACGCCUGAGUGAGGAGGUGAGGAUGUGUGUGUGUGUGAGGAGCUGUACAACAACAUCAAACUACAGCCUUAAGUCUGUAGAAAAGGAGCAUCCACUAUGCUGUAAAUCUGUCUGGCUGUGUGUCUGGCUGUGUGUCUGGCUGUGUGUCUGUGGUUGAGGUUGUGUGCAUUGACUCAUGGGAAUGAAGGAUCUUGAUAUGGACACCUGUCAGACGCCUGGAUACGUGUUCCUAGAGACUUCCUGAGGCAGAGCAUUUGUGCACUACGAACUGUCUUCUUCAUACAUGUGUACAUGUAUGUAUGUAUGUACAACUCCCAGAGUUGAAGAUGCUCUCUGUAUGGACCUGAGCUGACAUCACUCCUCCCUGUGUCUGCAGUGGACAUCUGUCUGUCUACUUUUCUGUCUCUCUCCCUGUCUCUAAUAAUGAACAUUUCUCUCUGGAUUUCUUUCAACUAUCCUGUCUUAACUAAGGACUAGGGCGAAGAAUAGAACUGGCCUUUGAGAGUCUAAGAGAAAGUCUGCUCUCCUGUGUGUUUGUCUUUGGCUGUAGAAGGCAGCCAUUUGAACUUCUUCUGAGUUAAAGGUUGUGAUAACUGAGUGUGAGUGGGGAAUGCAGGAUGUACUGCAGUAUUACUCUGACUAGUUGUUUGACUGUUGCCUGUCCAUAUUAUCUAAUGUGUCUGAAGUGAAAGGGUUGUGGAGACAUUGAUGUCUCUGAAGCCUGAGAUGAACAUGGAGAGUCUGAUCCCAGAUCUGUUUAUGAUCACAAACCAAUCUUGAAUCAGGCAACAAAAAUAUCUAGUUUGUUUUCUUCUGUAAGGAGACCUCUGUCUCUUGAUAGAUUCCUAAUGUGAAUGAACUAUAGUGGGAAAAACAUUUGAGAAAAUAAUGUUCAUUUAUAUACAGUCUUCUCUGUGGCUCUUGAGACGGGUCCGUUGACUCAUGAUGGUAGAGAGAGCAGGACAGUGGAUGGUGUCCGUGAGGCCAUCUCAACUGGCAUUUUCUGUUACAUUUGAUUGCACAUAUACACUAUAUAUACAAAAGUAUGUGGACACCCCCUCAUAAGUGGAUUUGUCUAUUUCAGCCACACCGGUUGCUAACAGGUGUAUAAAAUCAAGCACACAGCCAUGCACUCUCCA